CCACCUAUCGGCGCAGUUUAAUGUCACUGUCACGGCUGUUUUUCUUGUGAACCCCGGUGCGUCUGAUUCACGCGUGUCGGACUCAAUGAAACACGAUUCGGACCAUAUGGGGGGUUGAAUCAUAGAGACGGUAUGUGAUCGUCACCAUGUGGGUCUGUCACGCUUCAGCUCUCCUGUCAUAUUUCACAUCUGCUUUGAAAUGACCUCCGGGUAGCAGAUCACAGGAAAAGUUCAUUGAGGAAGUUCAAGUGUAUUAGCCAGCAGCGCUAGCUCGGUUUAAACGACUCUUGUUUGACAUUUACACGCAGUUUAAUUCACUCACAGUGAAGAUGUAAGGGUGUAAAUGGUAUUUGGAAUAACGUUUGUUCGGUUUUGUGAGGCUGUCGUUCGUGUUUGUACGGUGAGUUCGUUAGCUCGAGCGCUGCUAGCGGUUCCCGUGGACUAACGUUAGGUUACCUCAGGACGAGUUGUUUGACUGGUUGUUUUCAGGACGUGUUUUACAUUGAUUUAACCACAAAACAACAACAGUAUUACGGUUUUAAUAAGCAAGUCAUACUCUUCUCCGAGUAAUUUUCUAAAUAGCUAAAAGUUUGAUCACUUUGUCUAAGGGGAGAACUCCAAUAGACACAAAUGAGUUGUUUGUUGACAUAACGACACACAUAAUUUACGACAUUAAAUAUACAUCAUUGUAAGCAUUGUAUAAUUGUUGCGGUUAACAUUUCAUUUUAGUCUUCUAUGCAGACUUUGAUAUCAGAUAUGUUGAGACCUCUCAAAAUGUGGGGUCACAGAAAUAAAUAAAUAGGGGGAAGUCUCCACUGCUCUCCAUCGAAUCUCAAUGCUGUCGUUAUGUGUUAUAUAAGAAGUAUAGAAGGGAAAUUGCUAUCAGUCAAUUUGUUUUGAAUCUGUUUCGAGGUAUUUAAGUUGGUUUACAAAUAGAGUUGUAUUUUCAUUUGAUUUCAUUGGUUUUAAGAUUUCAACUUGCGUAAGUAUCAAUAAGCUACAGAGAGACCAUGUCUGUAUACUCAAAACUGCCUUCGCAGCUGAAUAAACCUCUUGUGAGAAAGACCUUUCUCCUCCUUGUUGCCCUGUAUGGGGCGAGGAAACUUUCCCCUUAUGUAUAUGGCAGACUCGCAGGAAGGACUAGUAAGCAACCUGCAGCCGCUGACCCGAUUACCUCCAACGGAGAAGUUGCGGAGACAAGAAAAAAGAGAAGCUCUCCUGCCGUGAACCGAGAAUUCUUGGAGAGGUUGAGAUGUCUCCUGAGAAUCCUGUUUCCCCGCUUCUUCUGCAAAGAGCUCGGCCUGCUGGGUUUCCACUCGCUCGCCCUCGCUUCGCGCACCUUCCUGUCUAUUUACGUGGCCAACCUGGACGGCAAAAUCGUGAAAACCAUCGUGCAGAAAGACUCCAGGGCGUUCGUGGUGGAGCUAACCAAGUGGCUGCUCAUUGCCAUCCCGGCGACGUUCGUCAACAGUGCCAUUCGAUAUUUGGAGGGUCAGCUCAGCCUGGCCUUCCGCACCCGGCUGGUCACCCACGCCUACAUGCUGUAUUUCGGCGAUCAGACGUACUACCGGGUCAGCAACAUGGACGGGAGGCUGGCAAACCCCGAUCAGUCUUUGACAGAAGAUAUGGUCAUGUUUGCGGCCUCGGUGGCUCAUCUGUAUUCGAACCUAACCAAGCCCAUUCUAGAUGUGGUGGUGACCUGUUACACGCUCUUGAAAACCGCCGAGUCCAAAGGUGCCAACACCACAUGGCCCUCCAUGAUAGCUGGUAUUGUGGUGGCCCUCACCGCCAAGGUUCUGAGGGCUUUCUCUCCUCGCUUUGGUAAACUGGUGGCUGAGGAGGCCAGGAGAAAAGGCGACCUGAGAUACAUGCAUUCACGCAUCAUCGCCAAUUCGGAGGAGAUCGCUUUCUACGGUGGUCAUAAGAUCGAGAUGUUGCAGCUGCAGAGGAGCUACACCGCGCUGUCCGAGCAGAUUAACCUGAUCCUGUUCAAGAGGUUGUGGUACGUCAUGCUGGAGCAGUUUCUGAUGAAGUAUCUUUGGAGUGCUUCGGGUCUGGUCAUGGUCGCCGUGCCCAUCAUCACUGCUACUGGCUACUCGAAAUACGAUUCAGAAGAUGUGAAGCAAGCAGCGCUGGUCAUGAAGGAGGAGGAUCUGGUGAGCGAACGCACACAGGCUUUCACCACGGCCCGGAACCUUCUGAAUGCUGCAGCUGAUGCAGUGGAGAGGAUUAUGAGCUCCUACAAAGAGGUUACAGAGCUGGCUGGUUACACUGCCCGUGUGUAUGAGAUGUUCACCGUGUUUGAGGAUGUGCGUGUCGGCGUGUACCGCCGCUCGGCUGAGGAGGUAAGGCCAGAGAAGACGAAAGAAGACCAGGAGGUGAAACACGGCAUGAGAGUGGAGGGACCGCUGCAGAUCAAAGGUCAAGUUGUUGAUGUGGAAAAGGGCAUCAAAUGUGAGAACCUGCCCAUAAUAACCCCUACAGGAGACGUGGUGGUGUCCAGCCUGAACAUCCAGGUUGAUGAAGGAAUGCAUUUGCUGAUCACGGGACCCAAUGGCUGCGGCAAAAGCUCUCUGUUCAGAAUCCUGAGCGGACUGUGGCCGGUCUACAGCGGCGUUCUCUACAAGCCUUCACCUGAGCACAUGUUUUACAUACCUCAAAGGCCGUACAUGUCGGUGGGAAGCCUGCGAGAUCAGGUCAUCUAUCCUCAUUCAGUUCAGGAGAUGCAGGAGAAGAACCUCACAGAUCAGCAGCUGGAGGAGAUUCUCAAAACUGUGAACCUCCGCUACAUCCUGGAAAGAGAGGAAGGUUGGGAUGCAGUGAGCGACUGGAAGGAUGUGUUGUCUGGAGGAGAGAAGCAGAGGAUGGGCAUGGCAAGGAUGUUUUAUCACAAACCCAAGUAUGCUCUCCUGGAUGAGUGCACGAGUGCUGUGAGUAUUGAUGUGGAAGGCAAAAUCUUUGAAGCUGCAAAGGACGCUGGGAUUGCGCUUCUGUCUAUUACACACCGUCCUUCUCUCUGGAAGUACCACUCCCACCUGCUGCAGUUCGACGGCGAGGGCGGCUGGCGCUUCGAGAAGCUGGACGCCUCCACACGUCUCUCCCUGCAAGACGAGAAACACCGGCUGGAGACGCAGCUCUCUGGAAUUCCCAAGAUGCAGCAGCGCCUGGCGGAGCUGUGCCGCAUUCUGGGGGAGGACAGCAGCCUGCCGAGCCCGGAGGAGGAGAACAGGAUGGUGGAGGAGAAAGAGAAUUAGCAGGAGGAGAGAGAGAGGGGGUGUCUGCUGCUGGAAAAGACUAAGGCCUUAUGAAGUGAUUUACAGACUCAAGGCCAGGUGUGUGUGUGUCAUAGAUCGAGUUGAUUGUUUCGCUAAUAGGGUUGGGAAUCGAGGACUGAUUCCUUUUGUUGAAACACAAAAGAAGCGGGAACGAGACCGAAAGAUUUUCAUAAAAUUCGUUUCUUUAACGAUUCUGAAACUCCUGCCUUCUUCCGCCGAGUCGAGAGGGUACACUGUAAUGAAAUAUGUAAAGCGCACAUCAGAGCCGUUGUCAUGGUGAUCAGUAUGCAUCUUAUUAGCUGGGCAACUUUCUUUUUUUGUCAAUUGAAGCCAGUCAAUGCACAUUUUAGGCUUUAUGCUGCUAUCUUUGCGGUAUCAAGCCUAAAUAUAAGAAAAAGAGAUAACAAAGUUAGUUACAAUAAAUGUGAAUCUGCUGUUUUUCCAACAAUUGUACACUUUAUUCCUCACUAUGCUGUUCUGCUGUCUAACAUGAUCUCCAAAUUUGACAACUGGGAAGUGAACGCAAUAAGAGUCAUUUUCAAAAUAUUGUUCGUUCACUCCUCAAUAUUACUGAAGGAACCACCAACAGAAGCGAAUCGGAUCCAGAAUUGAUUCAUUCUGAGUUCACUUCAUUCAGACUUAUUAUUCCCUUUGCAAGUUUCUAAACAUAAAACGCACAGCAGGGAAUUUCUAAAGCAUUUGUUAGCUGCACAAAGACAUUGCAUUCAGUGCGCGUGUUGUGUUUGUUUAUAUGCGAGCGUGUGUUUGAUGGUAGUACAUCAGACUGCGUGUGUUUUUCUGGGGGGGCGGGGAUACGAGACAGCUGCCAACUCGACCAGGUGCGGCUGAUGAUGAAAGCACCUAUGAAAGCUGUUCCUCUGCUUCGAUCUCUGAAGAAAUCUCUGGAGAUCUGCGGGACCCUGUUGGCUGUGUGUGUCUUUAGGGAAAGAGUGAGAGGCAGUGGUGAUAUUUUGGCACUUUUAAGGAGUCGUCACUCAUGCUGUCUUUGAAAUCCAGAGCCAGGUUUUAUUGCAGAAAAGUAUAUAUGAUAUAUAAUCAUCUUUGUUUUCGUCAGACUCUAGUAGAUAUUUGAACGAUUACCACAUGCACAUUUACAGUAACUUUUGCCUUAAUCCAGUGAAGUUUUACUUUUGAACCCUAUAGAAAGCGUUAAGUGUUUGAUGGAUUGGAAUCUAAAAGAUUUGUUUUGAAAGAGCCGGGUCAGUUUAAAACCAGGUGGGAAUAAAGAGAUUGGAUUUUCAGAAGCACAACUGUCAAUUGUAUUUCUGAAUUAGAUUUCCAAAAGUCUCUCUGACAUUUUUAUGGGUUGACGGAUGACUACUGUAUAUCAGAGUUUGUUGAAUUGAUCUCAGCUUUGGGACGCAUAAUAGAGUCACUUUCACAAACAUUUUGGCCCCUACGUCCGUCCUUCUUCCCCUCCCCAUUGGAUGCAUAAAAUGAAAAGAUGAUGUGCAUGUAAACAUGGUCAUUAAGACGUUUCCAGUAUAAAACUGUAGCUUCAUUUCAUUUGAAGAGAUUAUUUGUUAACGUUCUAAACAGUCAGUGCGAAGCACUUUAGGAGCAAAUGUUUCCAUUAAAAUUUAAUUUCCCAUCAUUUAUCUUCAUAAGAUAGACAUCAGUUGAACUUGAAUCUCUAAUUAUGUCAUUUAGAGGAGAAUGUUUUUCUAAUCAUUGAAGUUUGGCGUUCGAAUGUUGUAGAAAAUGUCAGAGGAAAGAUGCGCUAGGAGUUUUUUGAAAUGAUAAGCAAGGGCUUGAUUUUCUGGUUGUCUUUGACACCUUUUAGUCCAAAGUGAUGCAAUCUGAAACGUGUGUUUAAAUGUGAUGACCACUGUAGCCAAUCUUAACAAUGAACGAGACUCAACCAGCAAUUUCUUUAAAGUGUCCUUAGCAUUUCAAACCAAAAUGCUUUUGUCUAUUGUUGCAUUUGACCUAGAAAAGUCAGUCUCUUGAGAUGUUAGACUAUUGAUGAUAGAAUUACUGCUCUUAAAUAAAUAAGCUUAAAAUAAAAUAUCCUAGUAUAUUGUACAUGGACAUUUAUAAUGUCUGUGUUUCUAAAAUAUGUUUAAUGUGAGAUUUUGCACAGAACAUUUUAAACCAGAAUUGAUCUUUUCAUUGCAGUGAUUAGUUACGGGACAUUUCAAACUAACAUUAUACUUUUCCUAACAGAAACGUGUUGUGUUUUCUUUGGGUUUAAUACAAAUGACUAAUUGCAAUGUAAUUGAUGACUAUCAUUAUUGUAACCCUUGCACAUUUGCCUGAAUUAUUAAAAAAACAUUCUUGCAAUUUAAUAAAACGUAUCCUCUUGAGAACACAUCUCUCUGUUCUUUUGCUCGCGUUUAUGGCUUUUGCAAUCAGAAAGUAAUAAAAGUUCAAGAGUGAAAGAUAACUUUCUUUAUACAUACAUUGUAAAUUGUGAUAGAUUUUUAGAGAAAGCUUUAUGAAAUAUACACUAUCAUUAAGACGUUUAGAGCUAUUUAUUCUUUAUGUGGAAAAAGUACAUAUUGGUAAACUCAUUAAAACCUUGGAAAAACUAAUGUAACUUUGGAAAUUAU